AUGUUCUCCGCGAAGCCCCUCCAGGCCCGCCAGGGCGCAGUGCAGGGCAAGAGCAAGUGCGGUGUCGUUGGCGGUAGGGUGGCCAGGAUGACGCCGCCGCGCGCCUCGAAGCUCGCGAACGUCGAGCAGGCGCCCCCGGACCCGAUCCUGGGCAUCUCCGAGGCGUUCAAGGCCAGCACGGCGCCGGAGAAGCUCAACCUGGGCGUCGGCGCGUACCGCACCGAGGAGCUGCAGCCCAUGGUGCUCGAGGUGGUCAAGAAGGCCGAGCGCAAGAUGCUCGACAAGGGCGAGAACAAGGAGUACCUCCCGAUCGAGGGCCUGGCCACGUUCCGCGCGGCGACGCUCGAGCUUCUCCUCGGCGCGUCGCACCCCGCCGUUGCCGAGGGCCGCGCCGUCGCGCUGCAGUCCCUCUCCGGCACGGGCUCGCUGCGCGUGGGCGCCGCGUUCAUCAACCGCUUCCUCCCGGGCCGCACCGUCUACCUCUCCGCGCCCACGUGGGGCAACCACAAGGCCAUCUUUGCCGACGCGGGCGUGCAGUGGAAGGAGUACCGCUACUUCAACCCCGAGACGGUCGGCCUCGACUACGACGGCAUGAUCGAGGACAUCUCCAGCGCGCCGGACGGGUCCAUCAUCGUCCUGCACGGCUGCGCGCACAACCCCACCGGCAUCGACCCCACGCCGGAGCAGUGGCGCGCGAUCGCGGAGCUGUGCGAGAAGAAGGAGCACAUCCCGUUCUUCGACGUCGCGUACCAGGGCUUCGCGACGGGCGACCUCGACGCCGACGCCUUCGCGCCGCGGCUGUUCGCCGACAUGGGCCUGGAGUUCUUCUGCAGCCAGUCCUACUCGAAGAACCUCGGGCUGUACGCCGAGCGCAUCGGCGCGCUCUGCGCGGUCGUGUCGGAGCAGGAGGUGGCCGGGCGCGUGCUGUCGCAGAUGAAGAAGAUCGCGCGCGCGAUCUACUCGAACCCGCCGGUGCACGGGGCGCGCAUCGUGGCCGAGGUGAUCGGCGACGCGGGGAUGUUCGACGAGUGGAAGGCGGAGAUGAAGGGCAUGGCCGGGCGCAUCGAGACGGUCCGCGGGCAGCUCCGCGCCGCGCUCGAGAAGCGGAAGCCCGAGAAGGACUGGUCGUUCAUCACCAGCCAGAUCGGGAUGUUCUCGUACACGGGGAUGACGCCGGACCAGGUGGCCAACAUGACGAACAAGUGGCACGUGUACAUGACCAAGGACGGCCGCAUCUCGCUCGCGGGGCUCUCGUCGGCCAAGUGCGACUACCUGGCGGACGCCAUCGUCGACUCGGUGAACAACCACUAA